GGAAUCAGAAGGCCGAUCUGUCGAAAUCAACUGACGAAGUAUUCAAAACAUUGGUGGAAAAGCGGUCGUAUCUCAGCUGUUUCUUCUAAAAACAGCAUUAUGGACAGGUCAAUACGAUACGAAGUGCUGCAGGGAGAAGAGGCCCAGGUGCCAGCAGAACCUGUCCAGCUGGCCCUAGUAGUGCCCCCUCCCACAUACCAGGAAGCCACAGUGGGCGAGGACCAGGGGGCAAUCAGCACAGCAGCAACUACAGGCCUGACCUACCCUGUAUACAACACCAACCUCCCAUCAUACAAAGUGGCCACAGAGCUGCCAUCCUAUGAAGAGGCAGAGAGAAGUAAGGAACAGGAGAGCCGCGAGCAAGGGGAGAGAACUGGAGACGUGGAGAGACAGGAUUCUGAUGUCAUCACAGGAAUGACAGUGGGAACUGAUGGACUGUUUCUUUGUACUUUUGUCAUUUCAUUCCUGUUCAACUGGAUAGGUUUUCUAGUGUCUCUCUGUAUCAGUAACACAGUGGCUGGCAGAUGUGGGGCGAUAUCUGGACUUGGUCUUUCUAUAGUCAAGUGGGCCGCUAUUGUCAAGCACAACAACUGGAUGAACCACUAUGUGGCUGCUGGGGACACAUGGGUGUGCUGGGCUCUUAUUGUCUGUGGCUUUGCGUUUUUCUUCCGUGGUUGCGUCCAGUAUAUCCGAGUGAAGUAUGAGUGGCAGAGACUAACAGGCCAGCUGAGACGUUACUACCUGCUCAACUGAUUAACUUUGUGCAACUUAGAAUCUUCAGGUUCUACACACACAGACAUGUUGGACAAGAAAAAACAUGAAAUCAAGGUGGAGAACGUCACACGUUCUUUACUGGGAAAGACUUUACUAGGAAACUUUACAAACUUUAUUGGGAAAUUUUUCUAAAUGUAUCAUUUAGGUUUUUUACCCGGAAAAUGGGAGAAAAUAUUUAUUUACAGUUUGAUUGAAACUGUAAAGAAUCAAUGAGAUAUAUUUGAACAGUGCGUAUAUUGAUCACAUUAUACCUGCGCCAUUCGUGUGAUUUUUUUUUUGGACAAACUUUUUCACCUGUGUCUAGCAUUAAUGUAACAUGACUACAACUUGACAGUUCGAGUUUUGCACCCCUUCACUUACUUUUCAGAUUAUAUAGAUAUUGAUUGUUUUUCAGUGGUCAGAAAAUCGUGUUGUAUAGCACCCAAUAAUGUUAGUAUUCAAGUAAAAUUAUACUUAUGUACGUGGAGCUUUGUAGGUUUAGAGUCCAUUGGGUUUAGGAGGGUUUAAAAGGAAACUUGUACUAAUGAAUUAAAAGAGGUGCGGUCAGUUGACUAUUGAAAAUACCCGCUAAAAAUUUUCACCUGAUGUGUUCUAUUUAUGAUUGAACUGGUUUGCAUGCAUUUAUGAGAUAAAAUUGUCUUUGCUGACAAUUUCUUUACAGAAUAUUUAACUGUUGCUUGUGAGAUAUGCUUCCUGGCGUUUUAAGGACCCUUUAGUGUUUCUUUCUCAUAUCAUGUACAUUUUAACAUCACUGUUACCAAUUUCGUGUUGUUUUGUUUUUUUAAUAUAGGAGCGGUGGAAUUAUUUCUGAAAAGCAGGGAGUAUGUGGCUCCGUAUAAAAUUAUGUAAUGGUCCAUGCCUAUGAAAAAUGACUGCCUUUACUACUCUCAAUCAUACACGAUUCACUAUCACACAUAGUUAUUAAUAUAGUGGGAAUUUUUCUGGAUAGUUAUCAAAACUCAUUAUAAUCCAAGAGUCAAAGAAUGCUGUAUAAUAUAAUAUUAUCCCAAGAAAAGAGAGAAUCCCCAACUAUGCUUACGUAAAUGAAUAUCAAACUUAAAUCAUUUGUCCAGCAACUUUCCAGCACAUUGUUUUUGUUGUUUUUAUUCAUAGUAUGCCAUUACCAAAAUUCAAAAUAUCGUGGUGAGAAACACACGUCACAUGGAGUAAACAUUGUGUCUAGCUUGAACAGCUCAUGAGUUCUGUUUGCAUGAUAUGAACGGUCUUGAUUGUAUGUUGUGACCAAAGGAUGCGAGUACAGUGUGGUGAUUAUUACAUUGUAUAAUAUGAUGUAUUGAUGCCAAUACAUGUAAUUAUUGUAAAGUUUCUUGCUCUGACUUGUGUGAAAAAACCAAAGAGCACAAUCAUGCCACUUUCUGGCACUUUCUGGGGUUUAGUAUUAGAACUGAGCAUUUCAUCGCUU